AAAUAAUGGAGCCUGAAACCGAGGGGCCACCACCAACAAUCCAUGUAACACCUCUUCAGCAAAUGGUUGCCUCUUGUACUGGAGCUAUAUUGACAUCAAUGAUGGUGACACCACUGGAUGUUGUUAAAAUUCGACUGCAAGCCCAGAAAAACCCAUUCCCCAAAGGAAAGUGUUUUGUGUACAGUAACGGACUCAUGGAUCAUAUGUGUGUCUGUGAAGAUGGGAACAAGAAAGCAUGGUAUAAGAAGCCAGGAAAUUUCCAGGGAACAUUGGAUGCCUUUUUAAAAAUUCUUCGAAAUGAGGGCAUUAAAUCACUAUGGAGUGGCCUCCCUCCUACUCUAGUGAUGGCAAUUCCUGCCACUGUUAUUUAUUUUACCUGCUAUGAACAAUUAAGUGCUUAUUUGAAAGCUAAAUUAGGAGAAAAUGAAACCCGAAUACCAAUAGUUGCUGGGAUUGUUUCCAGAUUUGGUGCAGUAACAGUGAUAAGCCCAUUAGAGUUGAUCAGAACUAAGAUGCAGUCCAAGAAGUUUUCUUAUAAGGAACUACAUCGAUUUGUGAGCAUGAAAGUGUCUGAAGAUGGUUGGAUUUCCCUUUGGAAGGGCUGGGCUCCUACAAUUCUUAGAGAUGUGCCUUUCUCAGCAAUGUACUGGUAUAACUAUGAAAUCUUAAAGAAGUGGUUGUGUGAGAAGUCUGGUUUAUAUGAACCGACAUUUAUGAUCAACUUUACUUCAGGGGCAUUGUCUGGUUCUUUUGCAGCUGUUGCAACUUUACCAUUUGAUGUGGUGAAAACACAGAAGCAGACACAACUUUGGACGUAUGAAAGUGGAAAGUUUCCUGUGCCUUUGCAUUUGUCAACCUGGGCCAUAAUGAAGAACAUUGUUGCUGAAAAUGGAUUUUCCGGGUUGUUUACAGGUCUAAUUCCUCGAUUAAUUAAAAUUGCUCCUGCUUGUGCCAUUAUGAUCAGCACAUAUGAAUUUGGAAAAGCUUUUUUCCAGAAACAAAAUGUUGAAAGGCAGUAAUUCUCUGGAUGGACUUUUUGAUUAGAAAUGUCAACCAAAGUCAAGUAAGAUGAAGAUGAAUAGGCAAGAUGGAUUUUUCAACAUUAUUCUCUUACAGUGUGACUUUCUGUUUUCUCUAUAAUUUAAAUGAAUAAUAAUUUUUAAUCUACCUCUAAACCAUAAUCCUAGUUUUAAUUUUUUGAGAUUUUUAAAAGCAUAAUCCAGAAGCUGCAGCCAUUUCAUACUCUUGCAGAAGAAACUGCUCCUUAGUAGAAAAUAAGGUUCUGAGUGCAUGCAGCAUUUCAUAUUUCAGUAUAAGUUAACCUGUGGAUUAUGAACUGAAUGAUGCAGUGUAGAGAAUGGAGUUUAGUCUCACACACAGUCAGACCACACACCUUGGCAUUUCAGUAGAGACACCCCAGAUGGUAGCUGAUAACUUCCUUAAUUCAAGUGCAUGGUGUUCCCUCACUCCUGCUACUACUUUAAGGCCUCCUGUAGCUUGGAAUUUCCCUGAUGAAAGGUAUAAGCACUUUAUCUGUACAAACCAAAGUAUAAUCAUUUACAUGCUGUGGCUCAACAUUGUAAGGCUACCAAUCCUUACCUAAUGUUUCUGUUGGGAGCAUAUUUUCACUAAUGAUAGUAAAUGUAUACUCACUCAAAUUUGGUUAUGCAGUAGAAAACCAUGCUGUACAUAGACUAGUGAAAAUAAACAGUUUGGGGCAUGGGAAUAUGCUUUUUUACCUAGCUUAUUUUCCAAGUGUCAUUGUUCUUUAGGUCAUUUCUACAAAUUUUUUCUAAUAAAAUCAACAUGCUCUAAUCUAAAAGACCAAAAUAUAAAACAAUCCAAAAAUUUCAACUCUUUUGUGUAAUAUCCCCAAUUGCUGCUGCUAUAAGUGGAAACCCCCACACCUUCCCUUGGGUGACAGCAUACAGAAUGUAGGCACAUAGAAACAUGCAUACAUUGCCUUCGGGCUGUUUGUAUAUUGUACAUGAGACACAUGAGUGUAUUUAUCACUAGGUAGGACUCAGGUUUUUAGAAAUUAGAUGUAUUUGUGUUUUGUAUAUAUGUUUUGUCUGUAUGAAGGUCAGGGGAAAACUUUCAGGAGUUAGUUCUCUCCCUCCUUCCACCUUGUGGGUCUUGGGAUUUGAACUGAGGUCUCCAGGCUUAGCAGCAAGUGCCUUUACCCACUGAGCCAUCCUAGUGGCCCAGGAAUGAGAUUUUUAAGUAUGAUUGGAAUGUAGCUCAGGGGUAGAACACUUGCCUUUGGAAUGUGAAACUCUUGAGUUUGAUCUCUAGCACAGAUGAGAAAUAAUUUAAAUAAAUAAAUGAGAUGGCAAUGCAAGAAAUGCUAUUCUGUUUUACUUACCCCAGUAAAGCAAAGAGCACUUUAUUACAUUCUGUGUGCAUUCUAUGAAAUAUGAAGUAUCCCCUCCCUGCCCCAACAGCAUAAUGUGUUUGGUGACAGUAAACUCUAGUGUUGGUAGAAGAACAAAUGCAUAGUAGAAAGUAUACUUUUCACCAGAAAUAAAAGUUACAGUGUUUAUUAUAUCAUGGUGUUUUACAUUAUAAUCCUGUGUUGAUUUACAUUAAAAUUUUAAUAUUUCCA